UUACCGGAUUCUUUCCACUUCACCAACCGCGCGUGAGCGUGAUUCCAUACAAUACUGCCACUGGAUUGCCAUAUCCUGGCGCCCGCCGAUGCGGCGAAUCCACCCACCCGCCUCCGCUGCUGCUGUCGCAACUGCCGUGGGCGGGAUGCUGUCCUUGGCGAGGCGGCCGCUCUCCGCCGCCGUGCCCGCCGGCAACCUUCUCGGCAUCCACCUCUUCCAAUGCCCCGACGCGGUGGGCAUCGUGGCGAGGCUGUCGGAGUGCAUCGCCUCCCGCGGCGGCAACAUCCACAGCGUCGACGUCUUCGUCCCCGACGACAAGCCCGUCUUCUACUCACGCAGUGAAUUUACAUACAACCCAAGGCUCUGGCCUCGCGAUGUGCUUCACACUGACUUCCUAAAUUUGCAACACUGCUUCAAUGCACAAAGAUCGACUGUACGAGUACCUGAUCUUGACCCCAAAUACAAGAUUGCAAUCCUUGCUUCAAAGCAGGACCAUUGUUUGUUUGACUUGUUGUAUAGAUGGCAAGAAGGCAGGCUUCCAGUUGACAUUAAUUGUGUGAUAAGCAACCAUGAUCGACCAACAGAUAAUCAUAUAAGACGUUUUCUUGAGAGACAUGCAAUUCCCUAUCACUACUUACCAACAACUCCUGGGAAUAAACGAGAGCAAGAGAUAUUAGAGUUGAUUGAAGGUACAGAUUUUGUUGUGCUGGCAAGAUACAUGCAGAUACUGUCUGAAAACUUUCUCAAAGCAUAUCAUAAAGAUGUUAUAAAUAUUCAUCAUGGGCUUCUUCCAUCAUUUAAGGGAGGGCAACCUUCAAGACAGGCCUUUAAUGCUGGGGUGAAGUUGAUUGGGGCAACUAGCCAUUUUGUUACUCCGGAACUUGAUGCUGGGCCAAUCAUUGAGCAAAUGGUGGAACGAGUUUCUCACAGAGACACAUUACAAAGUUUUGUUGUGAAGUCUGAGAACCUUGAAAAGCAGUGCCUAGCAGAAGCUAUAAAGUCAUACUGCGAGCUCCGUGUCCUACCAUAUAAACUGAAGAAAACUGUUGUAUUCUGAGCCAUUUUUUCUUAUGGAUUUUUGUGAUGUGUAUUAUUUUUCCAUAACAAGCAAUAAAUGAUUCAUUUUUCAAUA